AUGCCCCAACUAAACCCAAACCCAUGAUUUUUUAUCAUGCUAACUUCGUGACUCACUUACUCCAUAAUCAUCCAACCCAAACUCCUAUCCUUUAUUUCCAUAAAUCCUCCACUAAGUAAAACCCAAACAACCCUGACCACCUCCCCCUGAACCUGACCAUGAACCUAA